ACUUCAAAUGCUAAAGUGCAAUAAAGCCAGAGGUAGUGCAGCAAGUUUCUCUGAAAAUUUCACAACAAACUGGUUUCUUUAGUUUGGAGGAUUCACUCACAGGUGCAGUGGGAGAGGUAUAGCAGUUCAGCUUGAUGGAGCUGCCAACUCGACCGACACUUUUUGAUUUCCAUGGCGUCUCCAUGACCAAAUAUUUCACUGACAACUGGGAAAACAUCCAGAACUUUGAGGCCAGACCAGAUGAUAUUCUUAUAGCCAGUUACCCUAAAUCAGGAACCACAUGGGUUUGCUACAUGCUGGAUCUCCUGUACUUCGGCAACAUGUGUCCAGAGCGUCAGACUUCUGUUCCUCUGCAUGAGAGAGUGCCCUUCUUGGAGAUCUGUGCACCUCCUCGACCCAAAGGAACAGACCUGGCAGAUCAACUCUCCACUUCUCCUCGUCUCAUUAAAACUCAUCUACCAGUCCAAUUUGUACCAAAGUCCUUCUGGGAGCAACGCUGUAGAAUUGUCUAUGUGGCUCGUAAUCCAAAAGACAAUGUUGUGUCUUACUACCACUUUGCUCGAAUGAAUGGUGACCAUCCGGAAGUGGGAGACUGGAGCACCUUCCUGCAGGACUUUAUGGAGGCAAAGAUGGUGUUUGGAUCAUGGUACGAACAUGUAAACAACUGGUGGGAGAAGAAACAAACUUAUUCAAAACUUCACUACAUGUUUUAUGAAGAUUUGUCUGAGAACUCUGGACGAGAAAUAGACCGACUGUGCUCCAUCUUCGGCUUAUCUCCAUCAGCUGAAGAAAAGGAAAAAGUCAGAGCCGCAGUCAUGUUUGACAAUAUGAAACAGGACAAAAUGGCAAACUUCUCCACGAUUCACAUAAUGAAGCAGGACGUGUCGCCUUUUAUGAGAAAAGGAAAAGUGGCAGACUGGAAGAACCAUUUCACCGUGUCCCAGAACGAACACUUUGAUGAAGAUUACAAGCAGAAAAUGAAGUAUCCUGAGCUGCGCUUUCGUACUGAAAUUUAGAGGUUUAGUUGCAAUUAAUAAUGCCAAAACUGACAUUGGAACUGCGGAUUAGUGGAUUAAUUGUCACAGCUAAAUAUUUUUAAGAAUUGGUCACCUUUGAUUUUAUUCUUUAAUCUCACCAAAAAAUGGUCAGAUUAUAAAUAUUUAAUUAAUAGUGACUAAGGGUUUGUGAUCUUGACUUGUUUUUAGUCAGACCUUCACUCGAUUUAAACUAAAGCAGCAUUUUAAAAGACAAGUGGGUCCAAAUUCCUCAACAGUAUGGAGACUUUAAAUCAUUGCUGCAAACAUGGUUUUACAGAUUUUUUUUUUCAUUUUGGAGUUUAUUCUUGUUUUUAUAAACAUCAAGCGAUUUGGCUUGGUGGUUGUCAAACAAACAGGAGUGUCCAGUGUAAUGUUCAUCUGAGCUACAUAACUGUUUACUAUGUCCUGACAUGUAAAACCUCUAAAAUGGAAAGAUUUACUUUCAGUAUCAUAUUGUAUUAUUUCAACUAAUGAAUGGUCAGAACACUCUUGCGUAAGUCUUUGAAAUAAAAAGCUGAGCUGCUAAGACAACU